AGCCCAACCCAGAGGCUGUUUAUGGUUUCCCUAAGGUUCCUGGGUCCUGGACAUCAGUCCGGUCUGCAAGCCCCGCCCUGAUUGGCUGCCUCCCGCACCGGUCGCGGCGCCCGGACCUGAGGUGCCUCGGUUCCUCCCCUUAUCCCUGAAGGGAUGGGGCCUUGCGACACCGCCCACUCUCGGAUGGAUCCGAGGUGAGACCCGCCCUUGUGCCCUCGUGCCCUCGUGGGCCUUCGGGACAGCGGAGGAGCAGUGUCGGGCCAUGGCCAGGGCCGGCAGGCUGGAGCUGGCCGAGGCUCUGGCGCUGGGGCCAGGCUGGAGGCCUGCCUGCUAUGCGCUCCUGCACGCGCCUGACCCUGGGAUUCUCUUUGGCCGCCUCCCCCUGCGCUACGCCAUACUGAUGCAGAUGCGCUUCGAUGGGCGCCUGGGCUUCCCUGGCGGAUUCGUGGGCUCGCAGGACGGCAGCCUGGAGGACGUGCUGAACCGUGGUCUGCUGGAACAGCUGGGCGAGGCGGCGGCCGCCUUCCGUGUGGAGCGCCCUGACUGCCGCAGCUCCCACGCUGGAUCAGGGCCACGCGUUGUGGCCCACUUCUGUGCCAAGUCUCUGACGCUCGAGCAGCUGUCGGCUGUGGAGUCCAGCGCAACAGGCGCCAAGGACCACGGGCUGGAGGUGCUGGGCCUGGUGCGAGUGUCCCUGUAUACCCUGCGUGAUGGUGUGGGAGGCCUGCCCAUCUUUCUAGAGAAUUGCUUUAUUGGUGCUGCCCGGGAGCGGUUACUGGAUACCCUCCAUGACUUGGGAGUGGUGGAAGCUGGUGCUUUCUCAGGCCUUCAGAUCCCAGUUCGUCUGAGGCAUCCCUCUGUGGACUCAGGGAACCUGAGAUGAGGACUUUGGUACAAGGAAGGGAAUGUUUUCUCUUCUGGACCUAAAGAUGGUACCAAAUUAAAAGAAGACAUGUAUAUCAUAUGUUUUGAGCAGAGGACCCUCCAAUUCAUGGGAUCAGGGACAAAAAUCCACAGCUCAUCCCAGGGGCCCUGGCAGGUUCUCAGAGCCUACCUCUUCCUUGUGCAUUUGCAUACAGCCUGGUAACCCCCAGACAUGCAUAUGUACAAUGUGACCACACACAGCCUGACAUCUUUCACCUGUGAGGUUCAAAUUAAGCAGGAAUUGGCAUUUUUUACCAUAGCCUGCCUCUUGCUUUGCAGAGAGCUUCUACAGCAAGGGUGAGUCCUUCCCACAGUCCUCCAUGGCUGCUCUUUAGGGUCUAGCCCAGCCCAUGUUUUUUGGGAAGGAUAGAGAAGCAGAGGACCCUCUUUGCUUUCCUGAAAGUAGCCAUGCCCUUGGUGGAGGGUUCACCAAAGCAAUUGGUGGGAGAGGGUCUUCACCAACCUCCAACACUUUGCUUCUCCUGAAACUGAGAAGGGGUAAGGAAGUAGCUAGGUCCCCUUGGAUGGAGCAUGGACGUGAGACCUGUGAGUACUGGUGUCUCCUUCAGAGCUUUCAUCUUUGGUUCGCUGUAGACUCUGGGACUAUCAGAAGAGAACUGACUCAUACCUGUCUAGCCCUGCCCUGCCAAAAAAAGAGCCUCCCGUUAAAGAGGGGAUAGAGCUGGGCCUUGAGGCCCUUCACUUCUUUCAACAGCUAUUUAAUAUGUACCUACUAAAUGCCAGGUACUAUAAAAGGUAUAGAAAGCCAUCCUUGCUCUCCAAGACUCCAGGGCAGGGAUGGGCAAACAUUUUCUCAAAAGCCAGAUAGCAAAUAUUUUAAGCUUUGUAAACUACAUAGUUUUUUAAAAAAUAUUUUCUAACAUUGACUAAUAAAAAUUGCCUAUAUUUAUUGUGUACAAAAUGAUGCUUUGAAAUGUGUAUACAUUGUGGGGUGGCUAAAUUGAGCUAAUUAACAUAUACAUUACCUCACAUAUUUAUCAUUUUUCAUGGUAAGAACAUAAAAUUUACUCUUAGCAAUUUCCACAAAUAUAAUGCAGCUAUUAACUAUAGUCACCAUUCAUGCAACAGAUCUUUUGAACUUAUUUCUCCUAACUGAAAUUUUGUAUUCUUUGAUCAAUAUCUUCUCAAUUACUGUUCCCUACCCCCAGUGCCUGGGAACCAUUAUUUUACUCUCUGUUUCUAUGUGUUUAACUUUUUUAGAUGCCAUAUAUAAGUGAGAUCAUAUGGUAUUUGCACCUGGCUUAUUUUAUUUAACAUGUCAUCUAGGUUAAUCCAUAUUGUCACAAAUGACAGGAUUUCCUUCUAUUUUAAGGCCAAAUAGUAUUCCAUUAUGUAUAUAUACCACAUUUUCUUUAUUCAUUUCUCUGUUGAUGGACACUUACAUUGAUUCCACAUCUUGGCUAUUGUGAAUAAUGUUGCAGUGAACAUGGGAGUGCAGAUAUCUCUCCAGAUCCUAAUUUCAAUUCCUUUGGAUAAAUACCCUGUAAUGGGA